CUAGAGACGAACCGAGAUUCAGGGGAGAAGGGACAAAAGUGCGCGCGCGCACACACACAUAUGCGCACACACACACACCAUAGGUUGAAACAUGACUGCUUCAUCUAUGGCGCACAAUUUUGGGAAACAUCCUAGUGCAAAGGAGGAGAGAAAGCUCAGAAAGCCGCUCAUUGAGAGGAAACGACGGGAGAGGAUAAACAACUGUUUGGAUCAGCUCAAAGAAACCGUGAUCGGAGCGUUCAGGCUGGAUCAAUCCAAACUGGAGAAAGCCGAUAUUUUGGAGAUGACGGUGAAACAUCUGCAGAACAUCCAGAACAAUAAAGUUAACGAUCCCACAUUAGGCCUGGAGGCGCAGCAGAGAUACAGCACAGGCUACAUCCAGUGCAUGCACGAGGUCCACAACAUGCUCCUGACCUGUGAUUGGAUGGACAAAACUCUGGGCUCCCGUCUACUUAACCACCUCCUCAAGUCGCUGCCCAGGUCCACCGAUGAGCGCCCCCUCACCCAGCCCACACCCAGACUCGAUGUUGCUCCUCCGGCCGGCCAAGGCAUCCCAGGGACACCCCUCAGAGGAGACCAGUUCCAGAGAGAGGCUGGACAUCAGGAGAGACCAGCCCUCCACAACUCCCACCUGGGGAUGCUUGAGAUGUGGAGGCCCUGGUGAACUGCUGGAUUACUGUCCAUUUUGUUAGACCAUCCUCUGUUAUGUAUCUUAUAGAUAUGCUGCUUGGAAGACAAACGUGUGGGGCGGUUUUGUUCCAGUGAUUAUUAUUGUAGGUGUGCUAUAAUGAUUCUAUACAGACCUUUUCUCAGUACUUCCCUUCAGAAGUUGUUCUCUUGUAGCCUGCAUUAUAGAAGGCUCUUAUUAAUCUUUCUUAUAUUUAUCGUAUUAACGCUUUAUUUAUUGUUAUUAUAAAGCAUGACUUUGCUUCUUAGACCACCUUCUUGGCCUUUGCAUAGAUUUCUAUGUCUUCCUCCUUUGCUGUAUUAACCUAAACAUUAUUAAUAAUAAAACAU